AUGCUCGCCUCGCUCUUGCGACCAAAGAAACGUCGAAUUUAUGCAGAAAGAUCUCCUUUUUCCUCCCCGUACACAGUUCGACAGGAAACCCCGUUCUAUCGGGACGAACCUCGACGCAAUGGGCCCAGGGCAGGGUUUGACAAGAUAAACAACAGCGAGGGAAGUGCCGAUGAAGAAGGGUUCGAGGAUGCAGAAGAUGUGGAUGAAGAUAUUGAUGAGGAAGAGGAUGGCCGCGAUGAAUUGACUCCUCUGCUCCCCAUCUUCUCCGCCUCUCAGCUUGAUGCUCUUCCGGUUUACGAUAUAACCCAUGCCAUUCGUCCAUUGAUCGCUUCCCGCUGUGAGACAACGCUGUCUUGGGACCAACUGCGCUCGCCCCAGAUAUCCCAAUUCUUGGUGAAGCCAAUUCAACAGAAAAUCAUGACUUCGCACCUCUCUCGGGCCACAUUAUACGCCCUGAUUACCAAUUGCCUCCAGUUCACCAAAGAGAUUCAUAGUAAUCCAGGAAACAGCGGGGCCAACCAGACAAGGGCCAUGGUGUGUGAGCUUCUCGCCAUCAAGCUACUGAGGGAGUAUACAACCAGAGAGCUCAUCGACGCUCUAUCUUACGAAUUCUAUCCUCUUCAAGGACAAACUUUGCCCGCAACUGAGACGACUCAACGGACCCCGGGCUGGAGUUCUGACCAACGAAGCAAGCGGUUGGCUGGAGCUGCGCGCAUCUCCUGCCUCGAGGUAGCUAUUCGCGCGCAAGCUAAGCGUUUCCUUGCUCAUCCUGUAGUCGUGCAGCAGCUGGAAGCAAUAUGGGCCGGUACCAUUGUCUUUCAUUCUGCCGCUGAUCAUCUUCAUCGUUCGCCGAAUAAAGCCCGCUACGAUGGUGGACCUACAUAUGGCACAUCUUCGGGGAAUAACCAAAUCAAUCGCUACAGUAACAACGCCCUACCCAGAGUGCCUGAGCAAAGAACCGCAUCCCUACGACGUUCAGUGACUUUAUACGAUCCGAGAGAUGCCUCCCUAUUUAAGCUUUCCAGACUGAGGGUGCCUCGAUACCGUCAGUUUCUAUCGACUCUCUCAUUCGCAGUACUAUUGGGGCUGUUUGUCGCUGUUCUGGCACAGCGACGACAGGACAUUACCUCCCUAGAGAUUGUUUUCUGGCUGUGGAGUGCAGGUUUCUUGCUUGAUGAGCUUGUUGGUUUCAACGAACAAGGGUUUAGUCUUUACCUCAUGAGCUUCUGGAACCUGUUUGACCUGGGCAUCCUCAUGCUACUCUUUUGCUACUAUUGCAUGCGACUCUAUGGCGCCGUGAUUCCGUACCCUCGCAAUCAAGAAAUCGCAAAUCACGCCUAUGAUAUUCUGGCGGCAAACGCGGUUCUGCUAUUCCCUCGUCUUUUCUCGAUCCUAGACCAUUAUCGCUAUUUUUCGCAGCUCCUUAUCGCAUUCCGAAUAAUGGCAUCUGACCUAAUAGCCAUUUUUCUUUUGAUCAUCGUUGCUUGUAGUGGCUUUUUCGUCGCUUUCACCUUAUCGUUCGGUCAUAGCAUAGAUCAUUCGCCCGCAUCCACCGCAUACGCCUUGUUCCAGAUGCUGAUGGGCUUUACCCCAACUGCUUGGACACUUUGGGAGGAAUACAAUGCUAUGGGAAGGACUGUAUUGGUCGUGUUUCUCUUCAUAUGUCAUUUUGUUGUUGUGACCAUUCUCAUUACAGUUCUCACCAACUCCUUUAUGGCUAUAGUACGAAAUGCCAACGAGGAGCACCAGUUUUUAUUCGCCGUCAAUACCAUUUCAAUGGUCAAAUCAGACGCGCUUUUUUCUUAUAUCGCACCGGCUAAUAUCCUUGCCUGGUUGAUCACGCCCUUCCGAUACUUGAUGCCUUUCCGCCAGUUUAUCAGACUUAACCGCACGAUUAUCAAAAUCACGCAUUUGCCCAUCCUGUUCACCAUUUGCCUCUAUGAGAAGACUAUCCUUGGAUCCCAGGUGAUUGAGCCUACUGAUCUCAUCCAAACAAGAGAUCGCUCAGACACUUCGCCUCAUGGGCGAGUUGGUCGCCAUAGUCGCCUCAGAGCUUUCAGUUCCAAGGCCCCUCGACUCGUUCGGGAACCGUCGGUGGCAACUUAUCAGAAAGACCGUGCGCUGGACGAGGUAUUUCGACGGCCAUUCGGGGACAAUUCGUCUCGAAACCCCAGGAAGAAGAUUCGUCCAGAUAAGAGCAACGUUGUCAAUAAUUGGAUGCAGGCCAUGGGUUCUGGCCCCGUGCACCCACCGGAUGAACAAGACCCUGAAGAGGUAGAUCGUUUGGAACGAUUGCCAAGGCGACCGCAAUUCCCCUUUAAAAAUAGACUCGCAGGAAGUCUACGAAACUUUACAGAAACAACCCGUUCAGUUGCGUCUAAUCCCGAGGAGCAUAUCAGCCAUGGAAUGUCCCCGUCUGAAAUUCCCCGCCGUGCGAGAGACUUCAUGUCUCCCACAAGAGAGAGACAGCUUUCGCGACACACAAACAGCGAGGGUGAUGAUGAGCUCACAAGCGAGGACAACGAAGAUUGGAUUGAGGACAAGCCUUCAGUCUGCAAGAACUCCGAUAGUGAUGAGUCAGGGCAAAGAUCCGAGAGUCGGGGUAAAACGACACCAAAAUUCUACAGUUCUCGUCCGUCAACCGCAAGAAUCAUAUCUCGCAAGAGCACUCCUCCUCAGCGCCCGAGGUUCCAUUCGCGGAACUAUUCAGGCGCUACUAUGCUAUACAACCCGGUUCGCGCAGAGAGCCCCGGAGAAGAGACCGAUACCCCGUCUAUGCCUCUCAGACCCAGAGCGGAGACACCCGAUCGAGCUGCACCCAUCUCCACAUCUGCUGACCAGUGGACGAUGCAGAAACGCAAUGUUGAUGCCGAUCGGGCUCGCAAUUCCAUAGCCAGAUCAAAUCCUAUGUCCGUUCCGGACAUGGGCGGUCUUAUGAUGGAAGGCGCCCAGCCUAGAGGCCGCCGCCAGGCUUCUCUUCUCUUCGGCCUGGGUUCUGACUUGGGUGACAACAAGGCUAUCGCUAAUGAAUUCCUGGGUGCCGUGCCGUCCAGCUUCACCACUCAGAUGGCGUAUGCGACUGGGGGCAUUCGUCGACCGGGCAGUUCGAACAAUCAAGACCUGCUCAGUAAACUUGUUUUGGCUCGAAUGAACAACAUUGAGGAAGGAUUCCGCGAAGUGAUCAAGGAAGUGAAAGAUCUCCGACGUGGGGAGUCUAGUCGAAGCGAAAGCCGACCCGAUGACCUACGAGACGUUGGACGAGAGAAAAAGAAACGCACAGAAAAGAAAGACACAAAAAAUAGAUCUCAAGGAUCACGGAAAAGCAAAAGCAAGGCCAGCAGCGAGAGUUUCUGGUCUGACGAUCCCACUGGAAAGACUGAUGAAAGGGAUGACGAUGUAUGA